CCGGGCCCCGCCCCCGCCCCUCAGACCAGCCGGCUCGCUCCGGCUCGCUCCAGUCCGGGGCGCCCCCCGCCCCGCCCCCUUCGGCCGGGGUUCCCGAGACAUUGCACCGCGACCCCGCACCUCUGCGAACAUGGCGCUACGAGCGGUGCGGAGCAUGCGGUCUGCGGCCUGCAGCCUGCGCGCCGCCUCCGCGCCCGCCGCGCCCUGCCUGCCGCGGCCCUGGGGGCUGAGGGCGGGCGCCGUCCGGACGUUGCGCACGGGCUCCGCUCUGCUGUCUGUGCGUAAAUUCACAGACAAACAUGAAUGGAUAACAACAGAAAAUGGUAUUGGAACAGUGGGAAUCAGCAAUUUUGCACAGGAAGCUUUGGGAGAUGUUGUUUACUGUAGUCUGCCUGAAGUUGGGACAAAAUUGAACAAGCAAGAGGAGUUUGGUGCUUUGGAAAGUGUGAAAGCUGCUAGUGAACUCUAUUCUCCUCUAUCAGGAGAAGUAACUGAAAUUAAUGAAGCUCUUGCAGAAAAUCCAGGACUUGUCAACAAAUCUUGUUAUGAAGAUGGUUGGCUGAUCAAGAUAACACUCAGUAAUCCUUCAGAACUGGAUGAAUUGAUGAGUGAAGAAGCAUAUGAGAAAUACAUAAAAUCUAUUGAGGAGUAAAAAUGGAACCCCUAAAUAAACUAGUAUGAAACAACUUAA